GCGCAUGCGUGGUGUUCACAUCCGGAAGUGUUUUGUUUAUAAUCUCAUGCUGGACCUACACAAACUGACCUAAGGACGACUUUACUCAAUUCUAGCUAAAAUGACUUAAUAUUUUGUCUCGAGCUUCAAGAUAAAACGUCAACAGACUCUUCUGCAAUAUCAGGUUCAAGUGGAAAAACCUCAACAAAGUGAGAAGAUGCCUGCUCGAAGCACUAUAAACAGUGGAGUCAGAUACUCCAAACUAGCCAGUGAUGAUGAUGGAUACAUUGAUCUCCAGUUUAAGAGGAGUCCACCUAAAGUCCCGUAUAAAGCGAUCGCCCUGGCAACCGGCCUCUUCCUCAUCGGCUCCAUACUGAUCAUCAUCGGGUCUCUCCUGUUAGCAGGAUACUUUGAAGUUAAUGAUCACCGCGAUCGCACCAUCCCUGUGCUGAUUAUUGGGAUCCUGGUCUUUCUUCCGGGCUUUUACCACCUGCGCAUCGCCUAUUACGCCUCCAAGGGUUAUCGAGGUUAUUCCUAUGAUGACAUCCCAGACUUUGACGACUGACAGAGAUCUCAGCCUGUGUUCCGGCACUGCCGCCGGUGUGUCAAAAACUCCUGACAGGCUCAUUUCUUACACAUCUAUAGACUGAGAAGGUGAAGUCAUGAACUAGAGGUUUCGUGUGAGCAAAAUCACUGUAUUAUAGAUUAAAUGACACUAUAUGUGUUACAGGGAACAAAGCCUGAAACAAAAAAAAAAUGUCUCAAAACAUGCCACAUGUUAUUUCAUAACAUAUAUUUGCAAACCCCAUAGUAAUCCAUUAAAUAAAUAAAUAAGACCAGUUCUAAAGAACAUACUCAUGUGUUUAACAUUACAGUUUCAAACCACCCUUGAAAUUGAAAGCAAAAUAAUUUGGUUUUUAAAUUUGAAUAAAUGUGAUUUGAAUAAAGCAUAAUUUCCAUGUUUAAUAUGUGAUGUCAUGCUACUGUAUUUAACUUAUUGAUGCAUAAUAUAUUCAUGCCUGUGAUCUUAUGGCCAUUGCAUAGAAAUGCUUUAUGAAUAAAUAAUUAGUUUUAAACCGAA